AUGUUGUCUAGAAUUCCUAUAAGGAGACUUCCAAAGAAUGUGAAGCCAUGCACAUAUUUUUCAAGAAACAAUCAAACUUUGGCAUCCACAGCGAAACCACAUAUAGAAAUGACAACUCUUGCUAAUGGAUUAAGAUUAGUAACUGAUUCAACACCAGGUCAUUUCAGUGCUUUAGGAGCUUAUAUUGAUGCCGGGUCUAGAUUUGAAGAUCCAAAAAAUCCAGGUUUAUCACAUUUACAUGAUCGUUUAGCUUGGAAAUCUACAGAAAAAUAUAAUGGACAAGAGAUGUUGGAGAAUUUAUCCAAACUAGGUGGCAAUUAUAUGAGUGCUUCACAAAGAGAAUCGAUAAUUUACCAAAGUUCAGUUUUUAAUAAAGAUGUUGAAAAAAUGUUGGAACUUAUUUCUCAAACUGUAAGAUAUCCAAAAUUUACCGAUCAAGAAUUUGAAGAAUGUUUACAAACUGCUGAUUAUGAAGCUCAAGAAUUGAGUUAUAAACCUGAUUUAUAUUUACCUGAAGAAUUACAUUCUGUUGCAUAUAAGAAUAACACACUUGGAUUACCAUUAUAUUUUCCAAGAGAAAGAUUACCACUUGUUUCAAAGCAAGAUAUUUUGAAUUAUCAUGAAAAAUUUUUCCAACCACAAAAUGUAAUCAUUGCUAUGGUUGGUGUACCACAUGAAUAUGCUUUACGUUUAGUUAUGGAUAAUUUUGGUGAUUGGAAAGCUACAAAAAAUUCUACAAAACCAGAUUUAGGAGUUAUCAAUUAUACUGGUGGAGAAUUGGCAUUACCUCAUAAACCACCAAUCUAUGCCAAUUUACCUGAAUUAUAUCAUAUUCAAGUUGGUUUUGAAACUACUGGAUUAUUAAAUGAUGAUUUAUAUUCAUUAGCCACAUUACAAAAAUUACUUGGUGGUGGCUCUUCAUUUUCUGCUGGGGGUCCAGGAAAAGGUAUGUUUUCAAGAUUAUACACACAAAUAUUAAAUCAAUACCCUUAUGUUGAAAAUUGUCAAUGUUUUAAUCAUUCAUACAUAGAUAGUGGUAUUUUUGGAAUCACAUUAUCUUUAGUUCCUCAAGCUGCUGGUGUAGGGGUGCAAAUGAUUGGUAAUGAAUUGAGUAAAUUGUUAACUAAAGAAAAUGGAAUGACUAUGAAUGAAGUUGAAAGAGCUAAAAAACAAUUGAUUAGUUCCUUGUUGAUGAAUGUUGAAAGUAGAUUAGCUAAAUUAGAAGAUUUGGGUAGACAAAUUCAAUGUCAAGGUAAAAUCACUACUGUUGAUGAAAUGGUUGAAAAAAUCAAUAGAUUAACUUCAAGUGAUUUGAAAAAUGUUUUGGAAAAAGUCAUUACUGGAAAUGUUGUUACAAAAGGUGUUAGCUCAGGAUUGCCAUCUGUAGUUAUGCAAGGUGAAAGAGAAUCAUUUGGUGAUGUUGAAUUUUGGCUUCGUCAUUAUGGCUUAGGUAAAUUCAGUGGUCCUGAAUUGACACAACCUAGAGAUUUUACAAAAGAGAAAGAAAAUAAAAAGAGAAGAUGGUUUUCAUAG